CAAAACCCCAGACCGACCAACCAACCCAACAGAGCGGAAGCCGAGGCGGCAAAGCGCUUCGUCUCCCCUUCCCUCGCCUCGCCACGCCUUCCCCUUUCCCGCCUCACACCCUCGCCGACACAUGGGCCCCACCACCCGCGCCCGCUUCGUCCACAACCGCCGCCGGCGGCCCGGGCCGUACGCCUCCGACGACGAGGAGGACCAGCAGGAAGCCUCCUCGUCUUCCUCAUCCUCCGACGAUGAGGAGGAGGAGGAGGACGCUGGCGAGGGCGAGGGCUCCGGAGAAGCCGAUGACGACGAUGAGGCGGCGGCCGAACCCUCGGGUAAGGAUGAGGUGGAGGAGGAGGAGGAGUCCCCCGUGGCGGCGGUGAGGAGCGGGAGGAAGGCCUCGAUCACCAUUAGUCUCAAGAAAGUGUGCAAGGUUUGCAAGAGAUCGGGCCAUGAGGCCGGGUUUAAAGGAGCAGUGUAUAUCGAUUGCCCCAGGAAGCCUUGCUUCCUAUGCAAGAUGCCAGGCCAUACAACUUUGAAUUGCCCACAUAGAGUAGCAAUGGAGCAUGGUGUUAUCCCGGCCUCUAGAAGGAACACAAACACAUCAUUGGAUUAUGUGUUUCAGAGCCAAGUUAAAGGCAAGAUUUCCAUGGUUAAGCCUCAGUUUCUGAUACCCAACCAACUGGAGUGUGGAAACAUAAAGUUUCACGAGAGGCGUGUGACCUGCUUGGAAUUUCAUCCAACUAAGAAUAAUGUGCUUUUAUCAGGAGAUAAGAAAGGGUUGUUAGGUAUUUGGGAUUACAUCAAAUUGCACGAGAAGACUACUUAUGAUUCUGUUCACUCCUGCAUUCUGAACAGCAUGAAGUUUGACACCGGCAAUGAUGGAUUACUAUACACAGCCUCUUCUGAUGGUACUAUCUGUAGCACAGACCUUGAAACUGGAAUUGGCUCCUCUCUAUUAAAUCUAAAUCCAAAUGGUUGGACUGGCCCGAGAACUUGGCGCAUGAUUUAUGGUAUAGACUUUAAUGCUGAGAAAGGUCUUCUUUUGGUGGCAGAUAACUUUGGUUUUCUCUACUUGCUGGACAGGCGGUUGAAGACAAGAAUUGGGCAUCCAAUUCUUAUACAUAAAAAGGGUAGCAAGGUGACCAGCCUUCAUUGCAACCCUGCUCAGCCUGAAAUUCUUUUAAGUAGUGGAAAUGAUCACUAUGCCCGUAUUUGGGAUACAAGGAAGCUGGAGCCCAACUCUCCCUUUGCGAGCCUUGCUCAUGGUCGAGUUGUUAAUUCAGGAUAUUUUUCUCCACAAAGUGGGAAUAAGAUCUUAACAACAUGUCAGGACAACCGAAUCCGUGUAUGGGAUUAUAUCUUCGGUAAUCUGGAAUCUCCAAGUAGAGAAAUUGUUCACAGCCAUGAUUUCAAUCGUCACUUGACUCCCUUCAAAGCCGAGUGGGAUCCAAAAGAUUACUCGGAAACAGUUGUAGUUAUUGGUCGUUACAUAAGCGAAAACUACAAUGGGAUUGCUCUACAUCCCAUUGAUUUUAUAGACACCAGUACUGGGAAGCUUUUGGCUGAGGUGAUGGACCCUGACAUAACAACUAUCAGCCCAGUGAACAAGCUACAUCCACGAGAUGAUAUCCUGGCUUCAGGAAGUUCUAGGUCCAUUUUCAUUUGGAAACCAAAGACUGAAGCUGAUGCCACUGAAGAGAGGAACAGAGAAAGGGCAAAAGAAUUUGUAUAUGGAUCAGGUAGCCAGAAAAAAUCAAAUGGCAAGCAUGAAAACAGUAGUGAUGAUGACUCAGAUGGCAGUCCUGAUGGAAAGAAGAAACCAAAGAAGACACGUUUCACUCAUACCGUGAAGGGAAAGGGCAAAUCCAAAGCUUGAUACUUUAUGAAGUUGAUGCACCAGCAAUUUUUGACAUAAACUACCCAUUGCCUGCUGCUGCAACAUCAUUUUUGUACUGUAUUGCCUCUUUUGCUGAAAUGCUGGAGGCCCUUAGUCGUAUACUGCAGCAGCCUUAAGGAGUAAAAUGUUUAGAAGUGGUAGACUCGGUUUUUGAAUAGUGUCAUGAUAGCCUUGCCGAUAGUACUUAAUAUAGUUGACUUAAUGCAGGAGCUAUGUACAUGAAGUUACUGAAUGACAAUAUGCUGAUCUACAACGUUGCCAAGUGAUUAGUGUAUAACUAUUUUAUCUGUGUGCAUACUAUUAUAAUUGCUUUCUGAGCAACGCAGAGAAGCAGAAAGCAGAGUAUGCAGUACCUGCCCAAAA